AUGUCCAAAGCCGAGUCGUCAAAGGCCGCUGCCAGCAACACUGUCAAGCCCAACCCCAAUGCUGCUGGAGGUGCAAACUACGAGCUGCCAUGGGUAGAAAAGUACCGUCCCGUCUACCUCGACGAUGUCGUCGGCAACACCGAGACCAUUGAGCGCCUCAAGAUCAUCGCAAAAGAUGGCAACAUGCCACACAUGAUCAUAUCCGGCAUGCCAGGUAUCGGCAAAACAACCUCCAUCCUCUGCCUCGCCCGCCAACUCCUCGGCGACGCCUACAAGGAAGCCGUCCUCGAACUCAACGCCUCAGACGAGCGUGGCAUCGAUGUCGUCCGCAACCGCAUCAAGGGCUUCGCCCAGAAAAAAGUCACCCUCCCCCCGGGCAGACAAAAGCUCGUUAUCCUCGACGAGGCAGACAGCAUGACAAGUGGCGCCCAGCAAGCCCUCCGACGCACCAUGGAAAUCUACAGCGCAACUACCCGCUUCGCUUUCGCCUGCAACCAGUCCAACAAGAUCAUCGAGCCCCUCCAAUCCCGCUGCGCCAUCCUCCGCUACGCCCGCCUCACAGACGCCCAGGUCGUCCGCCGCAUCAUGCAAAUCUGCGAGGCUGAAGACGUCAAGUACUCGGACGACGGUAUCGCCGCACUUGUGUUUUCUGCAGAGGGAGAUAUGCGUCAGGCAAUAAAUAAUCUGCAAUCGACUUUUGCCGGCUUUGGCUUCGUCAACGGCGAUAAUGUCUUCAAGGUCGUGGAUAGCCCGCAUCCCAUCAAGGUGCAAUCGAUGAUCAAGGCGUGCCACGAGCAGCGUAUUGACGAUGCGCUGGCGUCGCUGAAGGAGCUUUGGGAUUUAGGGUAUUCAUGCCAUGAUAUUAUUAGUACCAUGUUCAAGGUUACCAAGACGAUUGAUACGUUGAGUGAGCAUGCGAAGCUCGAGUUUAUCAAGGAAAUCGGCUUCACACAUAUGCGCAUCCUCGAGGGCGUUCAGACGCUCCUGCAGCUUUCUGGCUGCGUUGCCCGCUUGUGCAAGAUUAAUAUGCAGCCUCAAUUAUUUGCCCUGCCUACCAAAUGA